GAUACAUCAAACAACAUCAGAGCACCAGAGAAAAGUUUUCCUUUGAACAUUAUUCAUUGAUUCAUUGAUCCAUUGAUCAAUUCAUUCACCCAUUCAACUUCCAUCAGAUUUCACAUACGUCAGACCUCAGAUUGGUCUUCUCUUUGUACGGCAUACAUGAUUUGGUUGUUUGAGAUGGGCUAGGUCGGUAGGACAGGCAGAGGCAUCUGCUCUGGUACAGUCCUUGAAUCCUUGGGUAAGAGUAUCUAUCUAACUGAUGAUUAAUGAUAACCUUCAUUGAUUUCCCAAAGGGCAAGAAAAAGUAUCUGACAGCUCCUUCAACUGAUCGACUGACUGACUGAGUUGUGCUCUCCCAUGUCCCCUUACUAUUGCUACGACAUGAUUCAAAAAAGUCAUGGCAUGAUCAUGAUUCAUUCAUUCAUUCUCCUCUUAAUCAAAAAGUCAAAUUUACUACCGGUAUUCAUUUUAGUCUCAUAUUCAAUGUCUAACAUCUACCCAAUGUCUAAUAUCUUUGGCUACCGAUGAUUUGAUAAUCCUUGGUAACUUGGUAAAACAACCAGGUAUUUCGUAAAGGCCUUUUAAACAUUCACUAGGAAGGAAGUUAGUUUCCUAAGGCUACCUAGCUAGCUAGCUAGAUAGUUAGACAGAUAUCUUUCUCUCUCUUCUUUUUUAACUAAUUUUUAACUAAUUUUUAACUCAAUUUUUUCUCCAUUUUCUCUCCCCAAUAAAUUCCAUCUUGAUUCGUCUUCACCGUCAUUUCAUAAGUCAAACUAUCCAAGAGACCACGCGCCCUCUUUCCCUACUUGGCAACUUUUUAUCUAUCAUUCUAUAUCUUUGCAUACCCGGCAAUAGUCAACCCCAGGGGGUCCCUCUUCGAUCGUCCAUAUUCUCUUACGAUACCGCCUUAUACGAUUAUACCGAAUAACCUCGAUUCGGAAUCCACUUCCAGCCCCUCCUUGACUAGGAUAUCAUCAAUCUCAAUCCCUAGAUAGAAAUCACCUGAGGGCGACCUUCCACACGUUACUAUUACAAAUACGUCCAUCGCUUCUUAUUUAGAUCCUUUGCUUCUGAAUAGAAUCGUACCCAUUCCUUUUGGACAUUCGAAACUUAUCAACCCAAGACCAAGUAUUCAAGAUGACUACCGAUCUCCUAUCAUCAUCUCAAGUCAAUGACUUUGACUAUGUCAUUGUUGGAGGCGGAACAGCAGGAUGUGUUAUUGCUAGCAGACUUUCCGAGUACUUACCAAAUAAGAAGAUUCUUAUGAUUGAGGGUGGUCCAAGUGAUUUCAAUAAUGACAAAGUGUUGAAACUCAAAGAGUGGCUUACCUUGCUUGGUGGAGAAUUGGAUUAUGAUUACGGAACUACAGAACAACCAAAUGGAAAUUCAUACAUUAGACACUCACGUGCUAAGGUUCUUGGAGGUUGCUCUUCUCACAACACUUUGAUAUCAUUCCGUCCAUUCGAGUAUGAUUGCCAAAUCUGGGAGAGUUUGGGAUGCAAAGGAUGGGGAUUCAAGACCAUGAUGCGUCUCAUUGAUAACCUCCGCAACCAAACUAACCCCGUCCAUCCACGACACAGAAACCAAAUUUGUAAGGAUUGGAUCGAAUCUUGCUCUACUGCCAUGGAUAUUCCCAUCAUCCAUGAUUUCAACCACGAGAUUCGUGAAAAGGGUGCUCUCGAACAGGGUGUUGGUUUCUUCUCAGUAUCAUACAACCCAGAUGAUGGACGAAGAAGUUCGGCUUCUGUCGCUUACAUUCACCCAAUUCUCCGCGGUGCCGAGAAUCGACCAAACUUGACUAUCCUCACCAAUGCCUGGGUUAGCAAACUUAACUUUGACUCCAGCAAAACCGUCAAGAGUGUAAACGUAACCUUGAAAUCUGGCGAGAAACUCACCGUCUCCCCCAAAACCGAAACUAUCCUCUGUGCUGGCGCAGUCGAUACCUGUCGCCUUAUGCUCCUCUCUGGAGUUGGCCCUGCCCAACAACUUAAAGAUCUCAACAUCCCUGUCGUACACGACCUUCCAGGUGUAGGAGAGAAUCUCAUCGACCACCCCGAAUCCAUCAUCAUGUGGGAACUCAAUGCCCCUGUCCCACCUCAAACUACAAUGGACAGUGAUGCCGGUAUCUUCCUCCGUCGUGAACUACCCAACGCCGCCAAAAACCAUAUUCACCCAGAACUCAACCCCAAAGGUCUUCCAGAUGGCACCAUUGCAGAUAUCAUGAUGCACUGCUACCAAAUUCCCUUCUGCCUCAACACUGCUCGUCUAGGCUACGACGCCCCUCUAAAUGCAUUCUGCAUGACCCCCAACAUCCCCCGUCCCAGAUCCCGAGGACGUAUUUACCUCACCUCCUCCGAUCCCUCUGUAAAACCCGCCCUCGAUUUCCGCUACUUCACCGAUCCCGAAGGCUACGACGCAGCCACCAUUGUUGCCGGUCUCAAGGCCGCACGUGAAAUCGCCAAGAAAGCACCUUUCUCAAACUGGCUUACCCGUGAAGUAGCACCCGGCCCAGAAGUUCAAACUGAUGAACAACUUUCAGAAUACGGAAGAAGAGUUGCUCACACCGUUUAUCACCCAGCUGGAACUACCAAGAUGGGUAGUGAGCAGGACAAGAUGAGCGUGUGUGAUGAGAAAUUGAAGGUCAGAGGACUUAAGGGAGUGAGAGUGGCGGAUGCCGGUGUUUUCCCAACGAUGCCUACUAUCAAUCCUAUGUUGACGGUUUUGGCAAUUGGAGAGAGAGCGGCAGAGAUGAUUGCACAGGAGGCUGGAUGGAGGGGAAUGGUGGAACCUAGGUUGUAGGUUUUAGUUGUGAGAAAAAAGAAAGAGAGGCGAGAAGGGAAGAGACGGGCUGUAAAUGUGCAUAGGGAUACGGAUACGGGUACGGAUAUCAUUAGAGUGGGUAGAUUUCAAAUACAUGAGAAAGUGUGCAUGGUUGGGCGGAUGCGAUUGGUUAUGAGUACUACACGCAAACAUAUAUCAUGCGUGGGGAGGAGUUGGUCAAAUAUUUGUAUAGAAAUACUUAAGAAUGUUAUAACAAUUAUCAAUAUAUAUACUACAUCUGCACAUGCA